AUGUCGGCGAUGGAAAGCGAGAAAAAGACGUCAAAAACAGUGGACAAUGUCGACGUCGAGAUUGCAGAAACAAUCGACGAGCGUACGGCUGUCCAUACGCCUACCCACGGCCUCGAGACCAAGCCAGAGACGGAUCUUGAGAAGCAGCAGCAAAAGGAUAUCGAGGAGCAACGGGAUGGUCUCCCAGCUCCCAUCGAGCUCACCUGGGACAAGGGGCCAACUGCCUGGUUGACCGUCUUUGGCGCAUGGUGCAUUCUCUUUUGCACAUUUGGUAUGACCAACGCCUACGGUGUCUAUCAAGAUUUCUACGUCCGGCAUUUCUUGACGGAUUACACGCCCUCGGAGAUUGGCUGGAUCGGCUCCGUCCAACUCUUCUUCCAGUUCUCAAUGGGCUUAAUCGCCGGCAAACUCUUUGACGGGGGUCACUUUUACCCAAUGAUGACCGCCUCGUGCCUUCUCUACAUCUUUUCGUACUAUAUGCUCUCCCUUACGCACCCCAAUGCCUUUUACCAAGUCCUCCUCGCCCAAGGGUUUGGCGCAGGAAUUGCUCUCGGGUUCCUCUUCCUCCCAUCCAUUGGUGUCAUUGCGCACCAUUUUAGGCGUCGUAGGAGCUUUGCGAUGGGCAUCGUCGUCUCGGGGAGCAGUUGUGGUGGUGUCGUAUUCCCGAUCAUGCUCAACAAGUUGAUUGAGCGUAAAGGGUUUGCACAGGCCACUCGCUCCGCGGCGUAUUUGUGCACUGGAUUGAUGGCUAUUGCACUCGUGUGCAUGCGUACGAGGCUUCCUCCCCGUAGCAAGAUGCCUCCUCCACCCCCCGGAGGAGAAGCCCCUCCGCCGCCGCCCAAGAUGAUCGAGCUCCUCAAGGAUACAAAGUACAUGCUGACUAUUGCUGCUGCGUUCGUCAACAUUCUCGGAAUCUUUACGCCAAUCUUCUACAUGCAGCUCUACUCCAUCAAUCACAACGUUGAUCCGACGCUCGCAUUCUACACACUCACGAUCCUCAACGCUGGCUCGAUUAUCGGUCGUAUCGUACCAAACUUUAUUGGCGAUAUCUGGGGCCCUUUCAACACAAUCAUCGUAUGCACAAUCUCCUGCGCAAUCCUCAUCAUCUGUCUACUCGCCGCAAAGACUGCGGCGGGAAUAAUUGUUAUUGCCGUACUUUAUGGCAUCUUUAGUGGUGCCUACAUUUCCUUGAUCAGCCCCCUAUUCGCCACUCUCUCGCGCAGCAUCUCAGAGAUUGGUAUCCGUCUCGGAUUUGCAUUUACCGUCGUUGCAUUUUCUGGGCUCGCGGGUACACCUAUCAUGGGUGCGUUACUCACGAAUGAGCUCAAGUGGAGUAGACCUAUUGGUCUCUCGGCGGGUUUCAUGUUCCUCGGUUUCUUCCUCCUCAUUGCUGCACGAAUGAUCACGGCAAAGGAGAAGAAGACUUGGAGAGUAUAG